AUGGAACUUACAAGUGAGGUUAAGAAGUAUUUAACCUUUAGGAAAGCGAUGAAAAAGGCAACCCACAAGGCCUUGGUGAAUUUGAAGGGCAUGCAAAACAAAUGCGCCUCUGCAAUCAAUGAGAAAAAUGAGACAAAGGCCACAAUCAGCAUGUUAAGAGAGGUUGAAGCAAUCACUUUCACUGUGACCGAAUCCUUGUUAUCGUUUAUCUCAGGGCCAAGGACUCCAUCAAAGCUAAGCAGCUGGUCAUUAGUUUCCAAGCUAAUGCAACCAAAAAGAAUUGCAUGUGAGGAAGAUGAAGCAGACAUAAAUGAGUUCGAAAAGCUUAAAGAAUUGGAAUGCAGCAUUCAAGAUCUUGAAGAAGGACUUGAGUGUUUGUCUGGGCGAUUGAUCAGAACACGAGUGCCCCUUCUCAACAUCCUCAAGAAUUAG